AUGACUCGGCCCGGGAUUGUACGAGCCGAUACCCUUGACCUCCAAGACCAAAACGCUCCCUCGGCGAAAGACCAUUCCAAACACCCCGACACCACCCAGGCCGGCCUAGCUCCCCACCAGGAGAAAACCCUUCGUCAUGCCGACCAUGAUGCGCAAUCAGAGAUGAAGCACGGUCCUGGCGCCGAUGCAAGACCGGUUGACGACCACGCCGACGGCAUCGACAUAUACGACGACGACGACGACGAUGACGACGACGAUCUAGACGGACAUCGGGGUGAUAUGGAAGAUGAUUUAGCGGAUGGGGAGAGCGAUGAUCUAAUGGAUGAUGAUAUGAUGGACAAGAUUUCAAGCUCCCCGUCAAUCGACGAUGAGGAUAUCAACUUCGAGUUCGUUUAUGCGCUCCAUAAUUUCGUCGCAACGGUGGAUGGUCAAGCCAACGCGGCAAAGGGGGACACAAUGGUUCUACUGGAUGACAGUAACAGCUACUGGUGGCUGGUCCGAAUCGUUAAAGAUGGCAGCAUUGGAUAUCUACCUGCCGAGCAUAUCGAAACCCCAACCGAACGACUCGCCAGACUAAAUAAGCAUCGAAACGUCGAUCUUUCCGCGACGAUGCUAGGGGAUAACUCGGAGAAGUCGAAAAAUCCGCUUAAAAAAGCCAUGCGCCGCAGAAAUGCUAAGACUGUUACCUUCACGAGCCCGACCUAUAUUGAAGCAUCAGAUAUUGAAUUCUCCACCGACGACGAAUUGGACGAUGGUGAAUCAUUCAAUGAUGAGGAUAUGGCGCGUGAGGACGCGGACGAAUUACAAGACGGUCACACCGAAGACAUUGUGGUUGAGCCUCUUAGGACCAAGUCGCAACGGGACAAGGAAUCGGACGACGCCGAAGAUGACCAUGAGACACAAGAUUCUGAACGAGUCAGCCCGGAGAAGCAACGCUCUAGUCAGGAGUUACUUGAUGUUGAAAAUGACAAUGUCAGUCGAUCAAGGAACGGAACCGUACGGAAUACCGACUCAUUCUUCAAAGACGACUCCGUCGAGACAAAGAAAAUAUCGCUUACCCCCAAUCUCCUUCGCGACGAGGUCAACAACAAUGCUGGAUCGCCGACCGAAGCCAAGGAGAGCCGUGGCAGUAUGGAAGCCAUCGACAAAGCGCUCAGCGCAUACGACAAACAAGGCAAAGACGACAAGAAACGCAAAGACAAGAAGGGCGGAAUGCUUAGCGGUCUAUUCAAACGAAAAGACAAAAAGACCAGGACAGGCGAAGAUGACGGUGAAGAGGCCGAAAAGACCUCUAGUGAGCUGUCUCGAACAUCGCCCCAGCCGAAGACAUCCUCGGAGUCUGUAUCCUCGCCAGAAUCCCGGGCUCCCAAAUCUUUGGUCGUCCAAAGACAGUCGAGUAAGCUCCAGAAACAACCACCAGCGGUUACUUCGCCCACAAAGCAGAAUUCACCACAAGAUUCGGUGGCGCAAGAGCCCGUUGAAAGCGUAAAAGGAGGAUCGCUCAUGGAAAAACCUAAAGCAGAUCAAACAAUUCGACAAGUCGCGCCCGAAGACGACUCCCCACAAUCUCCCGUCUCGAAGCCUUUUCGACCAGACGUUCGCAGCCUUUCUUCACCUAUCGGCUCGUCCAGUCUUAUCAAGAGGCCUAGUCCUACUCAAACUAGUACGAACGAUGUCGUGGAAUCACCAAUUGAGCCCUAUGGAGGGCGACAAGAGGUGACACGUUCCGUGGCCUCUCCGCCGCAGAGAUUCCCACCCACUCAGAGUAUGGGUUAUCGAGACCAGCGAAUGGAAUCUCCCGUGGCUGUCUCUCCAUUGGAUGCCCAAGCUUCGCCUCACGCCCCCGGGUUGACGACGGAUCUUUCUUCUCCUGGUGGACAUUCUUUCUCCCCAGUAUCCCCGCCUUUAUCACCCACCUCCAACCUCCGCAGUAGUAAAUCGAUCGAUGCACCUUCGUCCCCAGCUUUUGAAACGAUGUCUGUCGGCACCCCAACCUGGAGUGACGCCAGUUUGCGCUCAUACUUGGAUGACGACAACGAUAUCCGCGAUCUGUUCUACAUUGUCCAUGAUAACACGAAUGUUCCCCCUGCCGGCCCCGACCACCCCAUAACCGGUAGUCUUUUCAAAGACGAGAGCAAGAGACUGAAGGAAAUGAGUGCCCAGUUGGAUUCGCUGCUGUCUGAAUGGGUGGGUCGGAGAGGACAAAUCCCGGUUAGCAAGUGA